UCAACCGGGCAAGACCGAGAACGCUGUCACCAUGACAACCAGUCACCAGCCUCAGGACAGGUACAAAGCUGUCUGGCUUAUCUUCUUCAUGCUGGGUCUGGGGACGCUGCUCCCAUGGAAUUUUUUCAUGACAGCCACCCAGUAUUUCACAAACCGCCUGGACGAGUCCCAGAAUAUGUCCUUGGUCACUGCUGAGCUGAGCAAGGACACCCAGCCCUCAGCCACCCCCACAGCGCCCUCCCCAGAGCGGAACUCUCUCAGCGCCAUCUUCAAUAAUGUCAUGACCUUAUGUGCCAUGCUACCCCUGCUGGUCUUCACCUGCCUUAACUCUUUCCUGCAUCAGAGGAUCCCCCAGUCCGUUCGGAUCCUGGGCAGCCUGAUAGCCAUCCUGUUGGUGUUCCUGAUCACUGCUAUCCUGGUGAAGGUGCAACUGGAUGCUGUGCCCUUCUUCAUCAUCACCAUGGUCAAGAUCGUUCUCAUUAACUCAUUCGGUGCCAUCCUGCAGGGCAGCCUGUUUGGUCUGGCUGGCCUCCUGCCCACCAGCUACACUGCCCCCAUCAUGAGUGGCCAGGGCCUGGCAGGCUUCUUCGCCUCCGCGGCCAUGAUCUGCGCCAUCGCCAGUGGCUCAGAGCUAUCAGAAAGUGCCUUCGGCUAUUUUAUCACAGCCUGUGGGGUUAUUGUUUUGACCAUCAUCUGUUACCUGGUCCUGCCCCGACUGGAGUUCUACCGCUACUACCAGCAGUUCAAGUUCGAAGGGCCUGGGGAGCAGGAGACCAAGUUGGACCUCAUUAAUAAAGGAGAGGAGCCAGUGGGAAACAAAGAGGAAUCCAGAGUUCCAGCCCCCAACUCUCAGCCCACCCAGCAAAGCCACUCUAUCCGAGCCAUCCUCAGAAAUAUCUUAGUCCCGGCUCUCUCCGUCUGCUUCAUCUUCACGGUCACCAUUGGAGUGUUUCCCGCCGUAACCGCUGAGGUCCAGUCCACCAUUGCGGGCAACAGUGCCUGGGGAAAGUACUUCAUUCCUGUGUCUUGUUUCUUGACUUUCAAUGUCUUUGACUGGCUGGGCCGUAGCCUCACAGCUAUAUUUACAUGGCCUGGGAAGGACAGCCACUGGCUGCCAAGCCUGGUGCUUGCCCGGAUGUUGUUCGUGCCUCUGCUGCUGCUGUGCAAUGUCCAGCCCCGCCGCCACCUGGCUGUGGUCUUUGAGCACGACGCCUGGUUCAUCAUCUUCAUGGCCGCCUUCGCCUUCUCCAAUGGCUACCUCGCCAGUCUCUGCAUGUGCUUCGGGCCCAAGAAAGUGAAGCCAGCCGAGGCAGAGACAGCUGGAGCCAUCAUGGCCUUCUUUCUGUCUCUGGGCCUGGCACUGGGAGCUGUCUUCUCCUUCCUGUGCCGGUCAAUUGUGUGACCAUGGAUGGAUAGAAGGACUGCACUGACCACCUGCUCCUGCCCCCUUUCUUCUUCAGGGAUGGGCUAGGGUGGUCUGAGGUUUUCUCUUUUAGCCAGCUUCUGCUUUCUCACGGCCUGUUCUGGGCCCAGGUGUCCAGGCCCUGAGGAGGGAGCCUCUAUGGAUGGACAGUGGGGACAUUGUGGGCCUGAGGGUCAGAAUCAAGGGGGAGGGCAUGUGGGCUCUGCAUCUGCUCAACCCCCCAACCCCCUUGGCUCUGAAGGAUCCCUGCUUGAGCAGGGCAGCAGAAGCUUCUGGGCUCAGAGAGAAAGAGUGUGUAUAUGUGUGUGUGUGUCUGUCUGUCUGUCUGUUCAUCUGCGUAUAUAUACCAGGGGUGGCUAGGGGCCAGGACUGUUUGUCUAAGGUCCGAUCUGAUAUUUCCACCCCGCCUUCUCCCCAUGUACCUCCUGCCCCCACAUCUCCAUGUCCCUCUCCUGCUCCCCCUUGCCUUGUUCCUACCAAUCACACAACCUGUACAGUUGCCAUUUUACUGCCCUUUUUUAUAUUCAACAGAAACCAGGUGCCUUUGGAGGCUCUCUGAUAAAAUAAAUCUUUUUUUUUU